AUGUCUAAGACCAAGUCGGUUUCCAAGAAGGGUGGCGAGAAGGCCGUUGACAAGUCCUUGAGCAAGGUCAAGGAUGCUGGCGUGAGCAAGUCUUCCCAGUCUCCCAAGGCCAAGAGCAAGCAGAUUGCUCGUGACCUGGCUACCAAGGAGAAGAAGUCCAAGAGCAAGAAGAAGGAGCCUACUCCCAGCAGCAGCUCCGACUCUGACAGCGAUGAGGAGAUGGAGUCCUCCAGCUCCAGCAGCGAGAGCGAGAGCGAGGGUGAGAAGAAGAAGCCUGCCAAGAAGGAGGUGAAGAAGCCCGCCAAGAAGGCUGAGAAGGAGUCCUCUUCCGAGUCCGAGUCGUCUGACAGCGACGAGGACAUGGAGGAUGCUUCUUCCAGCAGCGAGAGUGAGGAGGAGAAGCCUGCUCCCAAGAAGGAGGAGAAGAAGCCCGCCAAGAAGCUUGAGAAGAAGGAGUCCUCUUCCGAGUCUUCUGACUCUUCUGACUCCGAGUCUGAGGAUGAGAAGCCUGCCCCUAAGAAGGAGGAGAAGAAGAAGCCCGCCAAGAAGGCCGAGUCCUCUGACUCUUCCGACUCUUCCGACUCCUCCGAGUCCGAGGAUGAGAAGCCUGCCCCCAAGGCCGCUAAGAAGGACUCUAGCGACUCUGACUCCGACUCCGACUCUGACUCCGAGAGCGAGAAGGAGGCUCCCGCCAAGGCCAAGAAGGCUGAGAAGUCUUCUUCUGACUCCGACUCUUCCGAUUCCGAGUCUGGCUCUGACUCUGACUCUUCCGACUCUGAGUCUGAGGACAGCGACGAGUCCGCCAAGGACUCGAAGAAGCGUAAGGCUGAGGAUGACGAGGAAUCUGCUACCCCCAAGAAGUCCAAGACCGAAGAGCCCGCUGGCGGUGCCUCGGCCAACCUCUUCGUCGGCAACCUUUCCUGGAACGUCACCGAGGAGUGGCUCCAGCAGGAGUUCGAGGGCUUCGGUGACCUCACUGGUGUGCGCAUCAUGACCGAGCGUGACACUGGCCGCUCUCGCGGAUUCGGAUACGUCGAGUUCUCCAACAACAUCGACUCUGCUAAGGCCUACGAGGCUAAGAAGGGUGCUGAGAUCGACGGCCGUACGAUCAACCUUGACUACGCCACCGGCCGCCCGGCCAACAACAAUGCUGGUGAUAAGGCUCAGGCCCGUGCCCGUUCGUUCGGUGACCAGGCCAGCCCCGAGAGCGACACCCUCUUCCUGGGCAACCUUCCCUUCAGCGCCACUGAGGACUCGAUCAGCGAGGUGUUCGGAGCCAGCGGCGGCAUCCUGGGCAUUCGCCUGCCCACCCACCCCGACUCCGGCCAGCCUAAGGGCUUCGGAUACGUUCAGUACGCCUCCGUUGACGAGGCCCGCCAGGCCUACAACGACCUGAGCGGCGCCGAGAUUGACGGCCGUCCCGUGCGUCUGGACUUCAGCACUCCCCGCGCCAACAACGGCGGAGGUGCUCCCCGCGGCGGCGGCGGCCCUCGUGGUGGUGGCCGCGGUGGCUUUGGCGGACGCGGUGGUCCUCGCGGUGGCGGCCGUGGAGGCUUUGGCGGACGCGGCGGCGGUGGUGCUCCCAACCGUGGCCGUGGUUCCAUCCCCGAGUACAAGGGAACUAAGGUCACUUUCUAA